UUUCUCAGUUUAAAUAAAUUUCUGUUCAUUCUUCUUCUUCUUCUUCUUCAGUUUCAUAAAAAAUCUCACUUGUUCACUCUCCUGUUGCGUAUAAAACAAGCUUAAUUUUUUCUCAUAUAGAAAUGGCGGAACCCAAAGUCAAAUACGAUCGUCAACUCAGGAUAUGGGGUGAGCAAGGACAAGCCGCACUGGAGAAAGCCAGUAUCUGCUUACUUAACUGUGGUUCAACCGGUUCUGAAACUUUGAAAAAUCUUGUUCUUGGUGGGGUUGGAAGCAUCACUGUUGUUGAUGGUUCUAAGGUUGAAGUGGGUGAUCUUGGAAAUAAUUUUAUGGUUGAUGAAUCAAGUGUUGGACAGUCGAAGGCGGAGUUCGUGUGUGCAUUUCUUCAAGAGUUAAAUGAUGCUGUUAAAGCCAAGUUUAUAGAAGAACACCCGGUGGAACUAAUUGAGACUAAUCCAUCAUUCUUUUCUCAGUUUACCUUGGUCAUAGCUACACAGGUUUGCGGAGACAAUUGAUUUAAACACAACUGAUGCUGUAGCACAUAAACACACACCAUAUAUUAUUAUCCUUGUUAAGGUGGCAGAGGAAUGGGCAAAUACUCAUGAUGGAAAGCUUCCUUCUACCAGAGAAGAGAAAAAGCACUUCAAGGAUUUGAUUAAAUCCAAGAUGAUUAUGAGGGAUGAAGAAAACUAUAGAGAAGCCAUGGAAGCAUCAUACAAGGUCUUUUCUCCACAAGGGAUUGGUCCAAACUUACAGAAGAUUAUUAAUGACAGUUGUACAGAAGUUGAUUCCAAUUCAUCUGAUUUUUGGGUGUUGGUAGCAGCCCUGAAGGAGUUCAUAGCUAAUGAAGGUGGUGGGGAGACACCUCUUGAGGGGUCGAUACCAGACAUGACAUCAUCAACUGAAUUGUAUAUAAACCUGCAAAAAACCUACCAAGCCAAGGCUGAGGCUGAUUUUCGUGAUAUGGAGGAAAGGGUCAAGAAUCUACUCAAGAAAAUCAGUAGGGAUCCAGCCAGCAUCUCCAAGGCGAAUAUAAAGAGCUUUUGUAAAAAUGCUAGGAAAAUUGCUGUUUGCAGAUAUCGGCUCGUUGAGGACGAGUUUAACUCUCCUGCUCAACCAGAGUUGCAGAAGUAUCUGAUAGAUGAGGAUCAUGGGACUUUGCAAGAAGCCAACUCUCUUAAAGUACUUCCUGAAAAUACUGCUGCGGGUCUUUAUAUUCUUCUUCGAGCAGCUGACCGGUUUGCUGCAAACUAUAACAAAUUUCCUGGCCAAUUUGAUGGUGAGAUGGAUGAAGAUAUAUCCCGGCUGAAAACUACCGUUGUUGGCCUACUCAACGACCUUGGUUGCAAUGGCUCCACCUUAUCAGAGGACCUUAUUAAGGAGAUGUGUCGAUAUGGUGCUUCGGAGCUUCAUGCUGUAGCUGCCUUCGUUGGAGGAGUUGCAUCCCAAGAAGUGAUCAAGCUCAUCACUAGACAAUUCAUUCCCAUGUCUGGGACUUUCAUCUUUAAUGGCAUUGAUCACAAGUCUCAACUGUUGUUGCUGUAGUCUCCGAAUUUACAGAUUGCAUUUCUUAUGGAGCAUGUGAAGACGAAAGUUUUCCAUGCCACACGUGAUUUGCAGGAAAUUUAGGAUCAGUGAAAGAGAUUAUUUAACGAGAGAAUAUUUCUAAAUUUGAACACAAACAAGCGCCCUGGACUCUGGUCCAGAGGUAACAGCGUCAGCCACUACGCGUGAUGUGUGGUUUAGGUGCAUGUCAUGGGUUUGAACAUGUUACGGACCAAAAUGUUAGUUUUAGCUGUUCUAGAAACAGAUACAUGGUAUAAUCAGUUGAUUAGGGAUUGUUUCAUUUUUGAUAUCCUAUUUCAUCUCAUUUUUCUUACCUUCAGGCUGCAAUUUGAUCCAACUAAUGCUCAUUUCUCAACCAUUUAAUACCUCAGCACAUUAAGCCCUAUAAUAUACUUGUAGUUCAAUUUGUUUCUUCUCA